CGCAAGUUUAAAUUUUAUCUAGAUUUAGACGAGUUGAAGUUCGGUUAAGUAUUUUUAUAACGGUGAAAUUUAUAAGGAUGCGUAUGUCUAAAGCUUGUGCAAACGUGCUGAAAGCAACUUGCGCUUUCAUUCUAAUAUCCUACAGUGCAGCGAAGCUUCCCGAUGACAUAAAAAAAUGUGUUGCCGGUGAUGGCAAGUGUAUUAUUGAGAACAUAAACACUGUGUUCGCUAAAAAGUAUGAGGGCGAUGAAAGUUUCGGCUUACCCAAAAUGGUACCACUCAAAAUGGAAGAUGUUGUCAUUAGUCGAGAUUCUGUGAAUCCUAUAGCAAUUCAGCUCUCGCUGAGGAACCCAUUUGGAUAUGGCGUCAAUAACUUGAGAGCAAGAAAAGUCAAAGGUUUCGGCAAAAAUCCAGAAGGACGUCACGAAAUCAUAAUAGCAGCACCUUACUUAACGAUGUUAUCCGAUUACAAAAUUGAUGGUAAGGUACUGAUAUUGCCUAUUAAAGGCGAGGGCAAAAGUAACAUCACACUAGUGGAACCUGUGAUCAGAAUACGCAUAGACGCAACUUCGCGCAAUGAGGAUGGCAACACAUUUAUGGAUAUUAAAGAUUUUCGCAUAGAAUGCAAAGUGAAACGUAUGGAAACGCAUCUCGAUAAUCUGUUUAACGGCGAUAAAGCUUUGGGUGAAAACCUUAAUAGUUUUCUAAAUGAAAACUGGCAGGAAAUUUAUGCCGAAUUGAAAUUACCAUUUUAUGAUGCGAUCGCCAAGGUAAUGAAAGCCGGUGCAAAGCAAGUCUUCAGCACGACUCCUUAUAAUGAAAUCUUUCAAAAAAACCGUUGGUUAUACAAAAUGUUUAUCCGAGACGCUUUUAUAACUGUGCUUGUGUGCUGCUUUUUACAAUUUAAUAGUGCGGAAUUUCCAAACGAUCCGAAGCCAUGUAAAUUUGGAGACGACGAUUGUUUACUAAAGGCAGUCAACUAUUAUUUAAGUGAAAAAAAUCAAGGAGACACCUCGAUAAAUCUGCGUUCAAUCGAUCCCAUUGAUGCCGGCACAUUCACACUCAAACAAGGCGCUGAUAAUCCUGUGAAUAUUGACUUAACAUUUAGCAACAAUAAAAUUUAUGGUGUCGCUAAUGCCACAGCUUACAAAGUUAGAGGCUUUGGCAAAGAUCUCACGAAAAAACACGAGAUACGCUUCAAGGUACCGGUGUCCAGCUUGGUCGGCGACUAUAAAAUACAAGGACGCGUUCUGAUAUUGCCCAUUAGCGGUUCGGGCAAAAAUAAUAUCACUAUGAUUGAUGCUGAAUUUAUACUACAAUGGGUGGGUGUGCCCGUUGAGAAGGAUGGCGCCACUUAUAUGAAGACCGACAAAUUCAGAACCCAUGUUAAGCCCAGUAAGGUGUUCUUCGAUUUUGAAAAUCUCUUCAAUGGUGACAAAGCUUUGGGUGACAAUAUGAAUUUGUUCUUAAAUGAAAAUUGGAAAGAAAUUUUCCAAGAAGUUGAUGCGACUUUUUCCAAAGAAUUAUCCAAGUUGAUGUCAAGUAUUAUCGAUCAAGUUUUUGACAAAACACCUUACGAUAAAUUAUUUGUAGAGUAAACUGGUUUAUAAUAAAUAGUUUUAUUGAAAAUUACUUACUUGAAAUCCCAAAUAACAAAAUAAAAUAAGCUCCUAAAUUA